UGGGGCUUCCGCUUCCGGCUCUGACGGACUCUUCGGCCGUAACGAUGAUCGGGGAUAUCCUGCUGUUCGGGACGCUGCUCAUGAACGCCGGGGCGGUGCUCAACUUUAAGCUGAAAAAGAAGGACACGCAGAGCUUUGGGGAGGAGUCCAGGGAUCCCAGUACAGGCUGUUCGGCUCUUGAGCACCGGAGACAACCCGGAACUCACCUUCCCAGAUGCCGAGUCUCCGUUCCUCCAUUCCUGACGACCUCACGAAUGUUUCCAACCAGGACACCAGUGACCUUCCCAGAAAACCCAAGUCCGUGGUGGGUGGAAAAACGUGCGCCAAGAUGUACUCGGUUUCCCAGCCACGGCGCUGUUUGCCAAGAUAAUUUCACUCUGGUCUCUGAAUCGGAAUGCUGUCCACCUAAAGAGGUUUCCGGAGGGCUUAUGCGUGUGUCAGGGGCCGAGAUCCAGUUGUAUUCCCUGUGGAUUAAAGACGUGUCUAGAUUAUUUCAUCAUAUUGGACCCCGCCGCUCCCCAGCUUUUAUGAAAAACCCAUUUCUAGGAAUUUCCUGAUUUGUUAUUCACCGUCAUCCUUUCUUGUAUGCAUCACGC